GCCUCGUAUGCAUACGCACGCGCUCUUAGAAAGUUGAAAAGGCCUUCCGUAACUGUAAACGUUUAUCCUGCACCUUUCGUCGUAUGUGUAAAUACUUAGCGAAAGUCAACAGCUAGGACUUAAAAAGAUGGAAAUUAAAGACGAAUUUUUUCCAGGAAUUAAGAAGAUCGAAUUUCGUCCAGAUGCAGGUCCAGAAGAUACCAUGUGUUUCAAAUAUUAUAACGCCUCUGAAAUGAUAAUGGGAAGGUCCAUGGAAGACUGGUUGAGAUUCUCAGUGUGUUUCUGGCAUUCAUUUCGAGGAACAGGGGCUGAUCCUUUCGGUUUUCCAACCGUACAAAGACCAUGGGAUGAUGGAAGUAACUCUCUUAAAAAUGCUGAAAGAAGACUAAAAGCAGCAUUUGAGUUUUUUUCUAAGCUUGGAAACAAGUAUUGGACAUUUCAUGACAGAGACAUUGCUCCAGAGGGUGCUACUCUAGCAGAAACUAAUAACAACUUGGAUAAAAUUGUCGACUUGGCAGAAAAACUCCAGCAACAGACAGGAGUGAAGUUACUUUGGGCCACUUGCUGUCUUUUUGCACAUCCACGGUAAAUAAAUCAUACUUUGGUUG